CAUCCAUCCACAGAUUCCACACCCCAAAAAUUCCCCAACCCCAAAUGCAAAAACCAAAAUUUCCCAAACCAAAGAACAAAAUGUCGACCCCGUCCACAUCCACAACGGCAGUUAGCAAAGGUAGGAGAAGCCAGACAAGUUUAGUCGCAGGGGUGGGGGAGAGAUGGGCAGUCGCGAGAUUAAGUAGCAGACACCGCCUUCUUCUCUUCUUCUUCAGAGAGAGAGAGAGAGAGAGUGAGAGAGAAGAUACUGACAGCUCAGAUAAGAGUGUGCGUUUGGUCCAUCACUUUGCAAUUCGCACCAUUUUUGAAGGGAGUUUAUGAAAAGGUUCAGUUCGUCGAAGCUUUGCAGCAGGAAACUUUAAAGGUGUUGGAGCUGACGGAUGUUGUCGUGCGAAUAAGCCACACGAGUCAAAAUUGAAGUGGUAUUGACCGGUGACUGUGCAGCCGCAGAGUCUCAGUUCUUCUGGUUAAAGAGAAGGGUAGAAAUAGAAGGAAAUUUGUAUCUGAUUUCACAAAUUAAUUGGGUUCCAUAAUGGAGUGGUCCGAAGACACUAUUAAGGAGCAGGACAAAGAAGAAUUCCAUGGGUCCGAUUGGGAAAAUCCUGUGGCCUGUCAUAUUGAAGAACUAUUGACGAAAAAUUUAAGUGCCACAUUGUGCAGUGCAGUGAAGAAGAUUGUUGAAAGUGGGUACACAAAAGAAGUUGCUGAGAGGGCCAUUUUAUAUAGCACCCUGUUCAAUGGUAGUAAAGACACUGCAUUCAGUGUUGUCGACAGUGCUUUGACUAUACUAAAGAGGGAAAAGGAGAUGAGUAUUGCAAUGAAGUUUCCUGUAUUUGAGAAGUUGCAGAGCCUAGUAGACUACACAUUACUGAAGAUGAUUUGUGUGCUUAGAGAGGUUAGGCCUUCAUUGAGUGUAUCAGAAGCGAUGUGGCGCCUAUUAAUAAGUGAUUUGAGCCUCGUCCAUGCAUGUGCAGCGGAUGGAGGCAUUGUGGGUGGUUCUUGUAGCCAAGCACUUCCCCAGUCUAAAUCUGAAACUUCUAGAACCGGUCAGAUAAAGGAUUCCAACGACUUGGGCAUUUCAAAACAGAUAAACCCCGAAGAUAAAGAUUGUGAAUUUGCAAGUCCCGGAACAGAUCGUCUUCUUCUUGAUGGUCCAAGAGAUAAGGAUAAGGUUUUGAGCUGUAUAAAGGAGCAUUGUUUGAGUUUGAAUACCAUGGAUGAGAAAGCAGUGGGUAAUAGGAAAGGCUUAUCAGUUGAUUCCCAGAAAGAAAUGCUUGGACUGAAGCUGUUGCCAGUUGAGAAGAAUUACGUAUGUCACAUGUCGAAGGAAGAUUUCAUGGCCAAAUUUGCUGCGGUGGGAACUAAAAUGGUGGAGAAGUCUUUGAGGGUAAAGUCUGGAUGUGCUAGCAUUGCGAUGAAGGGAGCAGUUCAUUCCAAAUUACCAACUCCUGCUGGAACUAGUACCUCUGCUUCGGAUGGUAUACAACAUUCUUCAAGCAAUUCGCCAUCCCCUAUGCCUCCCGAUAGUGGUUCGAAGGACGGAGAAACCCCUUUGCCUCCCGAUGGUGGUUCGAAGGACGGAGCCGAUGUUUCUGAUACUCCUGAUGCUAAGGAUUCUUACACUCCAAUCCGGUUUGACGAAACUCUGCAGAAGUACAUCGUUGAAGACGAUAAAGAUGAAGCCAUUCUGAUACUACUCCCCCACAAGUGGAAGAUCGAGAAGGAGCUUCAAGGAUGGACUGAGUGGGCUAACGAGAAGGUCAUGCAAGCUGCACAGAGGCUUGGGAAGGACCGGGCAGAGUUGAAAAUGUUUAGGCAAGAGAAAAAAAAGAAGGAAAAAUUGAAGAAGGAAAAACAAGCUUUGGUGGAUAGUACCAUAAAGCAGCUGUCGGAAAUGAAGUACGCCAUGACCAAUGCUACUAGUCAGAUUCAGGUGGCUAACUGCACUAUCGCUCGCCUUGAGGAGGAGCAUGAUCCGUUGAUGAAUGGUAUGGAAGCCGCCAAGAUGCAGGCGAUGAGGGUGGCCACUAACCUGCAUUCUGCUACGGAAAGAGAGCAGGAGACCCUCAGGAAAAUGCAGUCAUUGGAUGCAGACAAGGCCAUCAUCCGAGACCAACUCACGGAUCUCAAACACCAGAUAACUGCACUCAACAAUCGACUAGAAAAAACUAGAGGCCGCAAGGAUCAGUUCAAGGCUUUGUGGAAGCAGGAGGAGAAGGAGAAAACAAAAGUUCAGAAGAGAAUUGAUUCCUUGAGGAGGAAACUAGAGGAAGAAGAGGCUGCGAUGAAAGUAGAAGCAGAAAACAUAAAGCAAGCAGCCGAAAAGGAGAUGCAGAAAUGCGCAGAAGACAUCAAGAGGCUUCAGGAAAUGGUCAUGGAGCUGAGUCUAGAGUCUGAAAAGUCGAAGAUAGCAGCUUUGAACUUGGGCUUCCCUGGAUCACGACUUCCUAACGCGACGAAAAGGUUGGCAGUCUUUCAGGACAACUUCAGUGAGGCUCCAGAUGUGAAACCAGAGAGGGAGUGCAUCAUGUGCUUGUCAAAUGAGAUCGCUGUGGUUUUCAUCCCGUGUGCACAUCAGGUUCUUUGCGCUCAGUGCAACGUGAUCCAUGAGAAGCAAGGGAUGACAGACUGCCCUUCUUGCAGGACGGCCAUCCAAAAGCGUGUCUCUGUUAGUUAUCGCCCUGAUUAGCACCUCAAUUGGUUGCUGUUGAUGCCUUUGUUGUGUUUAGUACUAACUGCAGUUUAAAAUAGUUGAACUUAGGAUAAAGGUUUAGAAUUCAAGAAUCAAUAAAAGGUUCAGAAUUCAUAAAUGAAAUUAGGGGAAAUGGUUUACCAAGCACUAAUGCGCACACGCAGGCACAAAUACGCACACGCAGGCACAAAAUACUUUUUUAGGUAUGUCAAAUCUGUAUAAAAUUAGUCUUUGUUUUCAUUUGAUCUGUCCAUUCAAAUUAGACUUUAUUAAUUCAUGGUGAAUAUAUCUUUCUACUGAGAUGAGUUUCAUUUUCAA